GGUGAGUGACUUCCCAAAAUUGCCGUAGAACUCCGAGGCCGACAUGGGCAUUCAACGCUGAGCCACGAUGCCACCCCCAGCCCCACAAGCGCACAGAGGCGCCCCACAGUUAGUGGUGGGGUUCUUUUCUGCCGGGCGGACAGAAUUUCAGCAGCGCAUGCAACCAUAUCGACGAACACCAGGGCCUCGCAAGCCGGUGACCUCGAAUACCACCAUUUCUUUCUUAGAAAGGCCCUCAAUUGAUUACGAAUUUGCGGUAUUAAACAGGAAGGGUCGAAACCGCACAAUUCACAAUGGCGUCCCAAGAACGGAGCAUGCCGUUCAUCAAGAACCUCGCCUCGAGCGACCGCAAAAUCCGCACCUCGGCCCUCGCCUCCCUGCACGCCUUCCUCUCCGCGCGGCAGGUCGCCUCGGCGCUCACCCCGCUCGACGUGCUCAAGCUGUGGAAGGGCCUCUUCUACGCGCUGUGGAUGUGCGACCGCGCCGUGCCGCAGCAGAACCUCUGCGGCGAGCUGGCCGACCUCAUCUACGUCCUCCCGCGCGACGCCGUCGUGCCCUGGCUGCGCGGCUUCUGGGCGACCAUGUCGCGCGAGUGGACCGGCGUCGACGUGCUGCGCAUGGAGAAGUUUCUGCUCCUCGUCAGGCGGGUCGUCGGGGCGGGGUUCAAGUGGAUGAGGAAAGGGAGCGGGAGCGAGGGGAGUAAGAAGAAGGCGAAGGGGGGUUCGGAUUGGGACGCGAGCAAAGUGGACGACUUGGUGGGGCUGCUGGGUGAGUGGCCGCUUGCGCUCGAAGAGGAGGCGCGGAUAGAGCAGGUCGCCGACGAGAAAGAGGAGGAGGGCGCCCAAAUAGACCAGAAGAUUCCGGCAGGGUUAAGGCUGCAUGUUCUGGAUGUUUGGGUCGACGAGGCGGAGAAGGCGGGCUUGCUGGAGGAUGAGGACAAGGAUGCGGCGCAGAUCGUCCAGAGGAUUUCGGAUCAGAUCGAUGCGCUCGAGGAGGCGACGACCAGUCCGGCUGUGCGGGUCAGGUCAAAGGAGUCACUGGCUGAUGAACGUCUCCCUGGAAACAGGAAACCGGAAUCCGAGGCUCAGGCAGACGAUGACACAGAGAACGCCGAGGGCGAUGGCGGUGAUUGGGGCGGUUUUGAUGACUAGACAACGCGUUGAACCGCACUGUCCAUGCGUACCGUUGAUUUCCUGACUACCUGGGUAGUCUAUGCUGUCUGGCUUGAGCUAGUAAAAUACCCAUGAUCCGGAAACACGAAGACAAUUAUCAUACAAUAUAGAUGGUCUAUUUAUGUCUAAA